AUGUCCGUCACGACUUUGAAUGGCCAACCUACACUUAAUAUUUCCGGUCCCGGCCAGACCGCACUCUCUCGUCUCGAUCCGCUCAAGAAAGUCUUCACGAAGUUCUUUGCCUCCAUUCCGCAAACAGUGCGAGGACAUGUCGUCGCUGUUAUUGGAGAACUCAUCGGCACAACCGCUUUUCUAUUCAUCGCUUUUUCCGCAGCAGAAGUGGCCAUGGCAUCGGCGAAUGAUAACAAAGGCGAUAAAGUUAACUACACGACGAAAUCAAUUAGUACCGAUCAGAUACUGUUUAUAGCAUUUGGGGCCGGAAUCAGUCUAGUGGUUAAUGCAUGGACUUUCUUCCGUAUUAGUGGAGGACUAUUCGAUCCGGCUGUCUCUAUUGCACUAUUCUUUGUCGGCGCAAUCGAUUUGACAAGAUGUAUCUUACUUUGUAUAGCACAAUGUGCUGGUGGAAUCGCAGCGUCGGCAAUGGCCUAUGGUUUAUAUCAUGGGGGUUUGCAUACAGCAACGACUCUUAAGCCUGGCAUGAGCACAGCACAAGGAGUUAUUGUCGAGAUGAUACUCACGUGUCAGCUCUGCUUUACUGUUCUUAUGCUCGCGGCCGAAAAGCAUGAAGCUACGUUUUUGGCACCAUUGGGUAUUGGAUUAUCAGUGUUUAUUGGAGAACUUGCUGGCGUCUUCUGGACCGGCGGAUCUAUGAACCCAGCUCGUUCCCUCGGCCCCGCAGUCAUAACCAGGAGUUUCCCUAGCUACCAUUGGAUCUACUGGGUUGGUCCUAUCGCCGGCGCCGGUCUAGCAAGCAUUAUCUACAAACUAAUCAAAGCACUCGAAUACGAAACGGCUCAACUUUCCGAUGGCGAACUACACGCCCAACCUAUUGACGACUCAGAAAAGGCAGCUGGACACACAGGUCCUUGCGAGUGCAUGUGUUUUAAAGUAGCGGCUCAGGGACAAUCAUCAGCUGCUAGUACGUUGCAGGUUGCUACUACUGAUGUGAGGAAAAGUUCAAGCUUGAUACCGACGAAGAGUACGAAGAGUGGGAAUUCUGCGGAGGUGAAAGAGAAGCCUGGUGUGGUGGUGGAGGAACCAGUUAAGACGCAGCCGAAGGAUGAUGAUGGUUUCUUUGGGGAAAUGUAUGCAGAUUGA